AUGCUGUCUCUCUUACUGAUCCUUUCAGGACUGGGCCACAUGACCACUGUGGGCCAGCAUUCUGAAGCACCACUUCUACAAAUUACAGUGCCACAGAAGAUCGGGGCAAACACCAGUGAUGGCAAUGUUUCAGAAACGCAUGCCACUUAUUCCAUCAAUAUUGAGGGGAAAACAUACACUUUCCUUCUUGAAAAACAGUCAUUUAUACACCCACAUUUCCUGGUGUAUUUGUACAACGAAUUAGGAAUACUGUAUCAAGAUUCUUCAUUUACAAACGGUCACUGCUUUUAUCAAGGAUAUGCUACAGAUAUUCCAAAUUCACUUGUGACACUAAACAUCUGUUCUGGACUCAGGGGAUUAUUGCAGUUAGAGAAUGUCAGUUAUGGUAUUGAACCAUUAGAAACUUCACCUACAUAUGAGCAUGUGAUCUAUCAAAUAAAGAAUAAUACAAUUGAGCCUUCCUCCUUUCAAGAAAGUUACCCUAUGAUCAAACACGUAGACAAGUCCUAUAGGAUUCUUGUCAAAUCAAAAGUGAAUUCAGGUGUGCUAUUGAAAAGAACUCUGAAAAUACAAAUUGUAAUGGAUAAAUCUAUGUAUGAUUAUAUGGGUUCUGAGGUAGCAGUUGCAGUUGAGAAAGUUGCCCAAAUCGUUGGUCUUAUUAACACUAUGUUUUCCCAGCUUAAAAUGAAUAUUAUGCUAUCUUCCUUGGAACUCUGGUCAGAUCAAAAUAAGAUUUCAACAAGUGGUGAUGCUAAUCAAGUGCUGCAAAGCUUUUUGUCUUGGAAACAAAAAGUUUUGUUUGAAAGGUCUCAUGAUAUGGCAUUCUUAUUAAUUCAUAGGAACAAUCCUACUUAUGUGGGAGCAACAUAUCAAGGAAUGGCAUGCGAUCUGAAGUUUGCAGCAGGCAUUGCUCUGUUUCCAAAGACAAUAACUUUAGAAGCAUUUUCUGUUGUCAUGGUGCAGUUGCUUGGGAUUAAUCUGGGAUUGACAUAUGAUGACAUCUACAAGUGUUACUGUCCAGGAACUACAUGCAUAAUGAAUCCUGAAGCAAUACAAUCCAAAGGUGCAAAGUUUUUUAGCAGUUGCAGUGUGGAUGAAUUUAAACAAAGAGUUUUGCAGCCUCAACUUGAAUGUCUUCAGAAUAAAACAGUUUCAAAAGUGACUUAUCAAGGGAAAACUUCAACUUGUGGCAAUAAAGUUUUGGAACCAGGAGAACAAUGUGAUUGUGGCUUGCCAACGGAGUGCUCUCAUAAAAAAUGUUGUAAUCCUCAAGAUUGCACUCUGAUUGGAUUUGCAGAAUGUGGCUCUGGACCAUGCUGCAGUAAAAACAGAUGUAUGAUUGUUGAUAGAGGACCUAUAUGUAGAAGAAGCACAGAUGUGUGUGAUUUUGCAGAACAUUGCAAUGGAACAUCUGAGUUUUGUGGGCCAGAUGUGAAAGCUGCUGAUUUACAGCCAUGCAAUAAUGAGACAGCCUAUUGCUAUAGAGGAAUAUGCCAAACUACAGACAGACAGUGUACAGCCUUAUUUGGAAAAUAUGCUAGAGGGUCUACUUAUUUGUGUACAGAAGAAAUUAAUUUCCAAAAUGACAAAUAUGGAAAUUGUAUUACUGGUCGUUGUAAUUUUAAAAAUACCCUUUGUGCAAAAUUAGUUUGUGACUGGACACGUACAGAUUUACAACCAAGAGAGUUCACCAGCAAUUAUGAUGUACAAUAUACUUAUCUUGGAGGCCAUAUAUGUAUGUCUGCACAUUUAAAAACUACUGGAAUGGCGGAUAGAACCAGAAUAGCUGAAGGAACUGUUUGCGGUCACAGUCAGGUUUGCAUUCGGCGAGCGUGCAUUCAUUUCGCCGAGUUGCCAAAUACAACAAACUGUAAUGAAAAAGUAAAAUGUAAAGGACAUGGGAUUUGCACUAAUUUAGAUACUUGUCACUGUGAUGUUGGAUAUGCUCCUCCUACCUGUGAACCAUUACCAUCAUCACCAGGAGGCAGUAUCAAUAACGGGCUUUGGCUUUCAACAGAUAAAAGUAUAUCCUUCCUUGUAAAACAGCGUACUCCUCCUAAAAAUAAUGGCCUUCUGAUCAGUUUCUAUGUUUUUCUACCUUUACUAAUUUUAACUGCCAUUAUUGGUUUUAAAUGGAAAAAAAUAAGGAGAUUUUGGAACAGAGAGGAAACAGUAAGCAGCGGAUCUAUCUUAGAAGACAGCAAUAGUGCCACCAACCAGUCAUAGAGUUAAAGCAACUAAGUGAUCAAAAGCCAUAGGAUGGAGAAAGGAUAUUACCAAGAAACUCAUGGUUACCUGGCUUGAUUCAAGAAUG